AUGGCCAAUCAUUUAUCAACUGUACGGGAAAUUGGAACUUUCUCAAAAAUUGUUCCCCUAUCAUACCUCUCUACCCCCCACAAUUGUGGGUCUCCAAUUUCCCGUAUUGGAGGGGCCGGUGGCCAACGAGCGGAGGGAUCAGCGACUGCAAGUCAUACGAAGGGAUUCACACAGCACACAGCACACAGCACACAGCACACGCACAAACUCUCGUACCGUUGCCGCUGCGGGAGAUUGGACGUUUGGAUACCAGCGCCCGUCUCGAAAGAAGGUCGCAACGACCCCGCGAUAUCGGUUGCGUCCCCUACGGCAAGCCGUGCCCAUGGCACGUGCGUGCACUUUCUUUCCUGUCCUCUUUCAAGCUCGUUUUCUCAGAAAAUGGUCAUUUGGGGAACGCGUAUUGAGACAACCAGCUUGAGGCAACCAGCUUGA